AGUAAUUUUUAUUACGAUUAAAAUUCGAACAAAUGUCAAUUACAUUAUUUAAUGGUUUAUAAUGAUUUUUGAUAUUUACAUGUGAUAUGUUGUUCGCAGUGGACUUGCAUUGUUGUGCCCUUAUAAUAGAAAUAUGGAUUAAAUGACAUUGUUAAAACGCAUUUGAUCAAAUAAUAUUUUAUAAGUAAAAUGAGUGUUAAUUAUCCAUUACAUUAAAAUAUAACAAAAAUACUCCGUUGUUAUUUUUUUUUUCUUUUUAUCUCGAUAUAAUAUAAUUUUUAUUCUUUUAUAUAUGUAAUUAUGCAUAAAAGUCCAUAUGUACAGUAUAUUAACAACAAUAAUUAUAUUACGAAGUGUUAUAACAGUACAAUAAAAAUAUUAUAAUAAUAAACUGUGAAAUAUAGUAUAAAUGUAUGAAAAAUAAAAUAUCUGUAAAACAUUUAUCAAAAUUAACUCAUUAAAAGAAUCACAAAAAAUUUUACUAUAUCAUAUUGGAUUACAUAUUAUAUUAAUACAGGACACAGACCUUUUUUGUCCACUAACUUUUAAUUAUCAACCAAUACUUUCACAUUUUUUCAUAUUCUUUUUAAUAUUAAGUGGAAACUAAUUAUAAUGAGAAACAAAAUGCAAAAUAAAUGCAUAAUAUAUUUCUAGAGAGAACAAAGUUAUACCUUAUUUGUGACAAAUUGAAUAUUUUUCUUUAUUACAUUUAAAGUUAUAUUAUAUUUAUAUAAUAAGUUGCAUAUAAGUUAUAAGUCAUACUAUAUUUAAAAAGUUACGUACUAUUAUAUUAUAAUUCAACUAUUCCAUUACAUAUGAAUUUUAAUUUAAAAUUAAUUUAUAUUUAAAUGUUAGAAAUGUUCCGCACAGUGGCCUUCUUAAUUUAUUAAGACAUAUACCCCUUACAUAUAUCCCUUGCGGCGUAAAUCGAUGGUACUGCGUGAGAAAACAGCAAAUGUAAUGCGUGACAUUCUAACCGACCUUAUUAUUCAUAUACUAGUACUUCAUUAUUUUCUCGACAUUACUUCUCACAUAAUCGUGUAGAAAGCAGUUCAAAUAUUUAAUGUGUUUUGCCCCUCGCUUCUAAAAAGUUUCUGCAUACGCGAUGAGAAUGCUCUAUUAAAUGCGAGAUAACUUCGGUUCUUGCACGGAAAACAACCGUCAGUUUCUAGUAAACUUUCGAUAUGGAUGACUCGAACUACUCGGGACGAAAAGGUUUCGAAUGGGCAGUGAAAUUGAAUCGUACGAGUUUGAAUUUAAUUGGGGUAUGGCCUGAUCCGGAAGAAAAUUCCAGAGAAAAAUUAAUGAGCAAUAUACGUGUAAUCAUUACAUUUCUGGUGGUGAUAAGUUUAUUGGUGCCUUGUAUACACUCAUUGAUUAAAACUCAUUCUGAUAUUAUGCUGACAAUAGACAAUUUACAAAUUACGGUACCGGUAAUGAGCACCAUUAUAAAGCUUCCAAUAUUUUGGAGAAAAAAAAAAGCUCUCACAUCGAUCAUAAACAUGAUCGUCAAAGACUGGUUAAAGUCAAAAAACAUCCAGGAAAAGAAAAUGAUGAUAAAAUGGGCGCUACGUGCACGUAUAUUUAUGACAUGCUCAUAUAUAAUACUAGUAGUCGCACUCAUAAUUCUUUUUGUCAUACCUAUUUUCGAAAAUUCAAUGAGGAUGGCAUCAAAUAUCACUGAUUCACACAUAUCAUUGGCUAUACCAACUUAUUAUAUUUACGAUGUAACAAAAAGACCACAGUACGAAUUAACAAUUAUUAGCCAAUGCAUCUCUAUUACCACUACAUGCAUAAUUUAUAUAGGAAUUGACAAUUUUUUUGGAUUAUUAGUUUUUCAUAUUUGCGGACAAUUGAACAUCAUGAGGAAUCGUCUCACAUGUAAUCACGAUAAUUUUCGUACCGUAUUGAGAGCUACUGUGAUGUAUCAUAUUCGAUUGCUUAGAGUUAUAAAUACUAUAGAAGAUACAUACAACGUCAUUCUGUUAAUAUUAUUUCUGUAUUUUGGGAUAAUAUUUACUUUCUGUGGAUUCCUAUUAGUUGCUCUGUUUGAAGACGAAGGGAAUGAUAUAUCGUUUACGCGUUUAUCAUUUCUUUUCCUCACUAUUAUAUCCAUAACCACACAUAUGGGAAUUUAUUGCGCUGUUGAUGAAACGCUAAUGACCCAAUACAAUGGAAUUUAUCAUGCGGUGUACGAUUAUGAGUGGUAUUCUCUGGAUCCAAAAGAAGCAAAGGAUUUAAUCCCAUUUAUGAUUAAAAUUAGAGAUCCUGUUUAUUUCACUGCUGGAAAAAUAUUUCCUGUGACAAUGGCUAUGCUUUGCAAUGUGAUAAAGACAGCGGCCGGUUACAUAUCUGUUUUACUUACGUUAAGGAAAAACUAAAAAGUUAUGUAAGAUUAAAUUGUUUGUAGGUUUUUGCUAGAAUCACUGGUAUGCAAUAAUUAAAACGGAUGUAAGUACUUUAUUCACAUCAAUUUAUUAUUUAUGUUUAUUGCAUAUUAUUUUUUUUAAUUUAAAUUUUUUGUAAAUUUUAUUUUGCUCAAAAUUCGGACAAAACUACGUUGUUAAAUGGUACGUAUACAAAUGGUUUAUAAUGUUUACAUGAUAUGUUGUUCAUAGUGGGACUUGCAGUUUGCUUUUAGAAUAGGAAUAUGAAAUAAACGACACUAUUAAAAUAAAAUACUUUGAUCAAAUAUCUAAUAUUAUAUACAUAUAUCUAUAGACAUUCUA